AUGAAACUGGAAUAUAUAAACGUUCUAAAAGAAGAAAAUGGAGGGUAUAAUUUUGAAAACUUAAAUAGAAAUGAAAUUUUAAAGGAAAAAGGAAUAACAUUCCCACAAUUUCGAAAAACUGGAACAACUAUAUGUGGACUAGUUUGUCAAAAUGCAGUUAUUUUGGGAGCUGAUACAAGGGCAACAGAAGGACCAAUAGUUGCCGAUAAAAAUUGCAGUAAAUUACAUUAUAUAAGUAAAAAUAUAUAUUGUGCUGGAGCAGGAGUAGCAGGAGAUUUAGAACAUACUACGUUGUGGUUACAACAUAAUGUAGAAUUACAUCGAUUAAAUACAAAUUCUCAACCAAGAGUUGCUAUGUGUGUAUCAAGAUUAACUCAAGAGUUAUUUAAAUAUCAAGGAUAUAAAGUGUGUGCAAUAGUAUUAGGAGGGGUAGAUGUUACUGGGCCUCAAUUAUAUGGAAUACAUCCUCAUGGUUCUUCUUGUUUAUUACCUUUUACUGCUUUGGGAUCAGGAUCCUUAAAUGCUAUGGCCGUAUUAGAAGCAAAAUAUAGGGAUAACAUGACAAUAGAAGAAGGGAAAAAUCUUGUUUGUGAAGCUAUAUGUGCAGGUAUUUUUAAUGAUUUAGGUUCAGGUGGUAAUGUGGAUAUAUGUGUUAUAACAAAGGAUGGAACACAGCAUAUAAGAUCUUAUAAACAACCAAACGUCCGAUUAUAUCAUUUGCCUCAUCCAACCAUAUAUCCAAAAGGAACUACACCUGUUUUAUGUGAAAAAAUUGAAAAUAUAAAAAAAUAUAUCACAGUUGAAGACGCAUAA